AUGCGCUGGUGCCUCCAGAACACUUUUCGCAAGAAUGAUUUCCGUCCUCUACAAAGAGAUGUGAUUGUGGCCGUCAUUGAAGGCCAUGAUGUCUUUCUACAGGCAUCAACCUCUUUCGGGAAAAGCCUUUGCUACCAGCUCCCUGCGGUGUUAAAAGAUUGGGGCUUAACAAUUGUCGUGAGUCCGCUUCUAGCGCUGAUGGUUGAUCAAGUCAACGCCCUGAAAGCUCUCGGGGUGUCAGUGGAAACAAUAAACUCAAACACACCGCAACCAGAGAAGAAGCGAGUUUUACAAGACAUGCUCUGCGGUCACCCAGAGACCAGGCUUUUAUACGUCACGCCCGAACUAUGUGCAACAGAGCAUUUCCGCCGCCAAUUACUAGUAGUCCACAAGCAAGGCCAACUCAUCCGAAUUGCAAUUGAUGAAGCACAUUGCAUCAGUCAAUGGGGCCACGAUUUCCGCCCUGCCUACAAAGAGCUGAGCUGGCUCAGAAACAACCUCACUAACCCACCCGUACCUAUCACUGCCGUUACGGCAACUGCCACACCCCGAGUCCGCUCCGAUAUCAUUGACAUCCUAGGACUAGACGUGACUCAACUCAAACUCUUCAACACGCCCUCAGCUCGCCCAAACAUCCAUUACGAGGUCCGGUACCUCGAGGACUUCAACGAUGACUACAGCGGUGCCGAAGACAGCCAACUAUCAAACCUUCUAAAAUGGCUCAGAGCCAUCCGCACCCGACGAGAAGCUAGACUUGGUGCCGUGGAAGUGGCACAGCUCCCACCACUUUCAGGCAUCGUGUAUGUGGGAACACGUGCCCUGGCAGAACAUCUAGCUAGCCGACUGUCUUCAGAUGAGACGGUCUCCGCAGUUCCAUACCACGCCGGUCUAGAAGCAGAGAACCGAUCCAGGAUUCAAGAGAGAUGGAAAGCACCCCAACCAGUUCAGCAAUCAACAGAGGGCAAAAAGCCACCUACUUUCUCAAUAAUCGUGGCAACGAACGCCUUCGGCAUGGGAAUCGACAACCCAAACGUCCGCUUUGUCGUGCACUGGACACCACCCUCAAGCUUCGAAAGUUUCGUGCAGGAAUCAGGACGCGCAGGUCGAGACGGGUGUGCUGCUGCUUCAAUCGUCUACUAUGGUCUGCCCGAGCGGGACAGGGUACAAAAAUUCAUAUACCGAGACACGGAGCAGCAUCGCAGAAAAGGCAUCGAGAACCGAGAGGCAAAGCUUGAGAGUUUCGGGAAGGUUAUUCGAUACUGUGAGAGUAUCACGCGAUGUCGACAUGGUCUUAUUAAAGAGUUCUUUGGUGAUUUCGAGCUUGAAGAAUUGGGUUCGCAACUGCCGCCUUCCACGCCUGCGCCAGCAGGCUCGACUUCGCCUUGUGAUUUUGCUUGCGAUUUUUGCAAGGAGGGGCGAGGUGGAUUGUCCAAAAGGCGGUCGAAGAUGGCGUCUGAGACGGAGAUGUCUCUUCUAUAUGCUGAUUUUGAAUGA